CAUACCAGGCAUCCCAGAAUGCACCUCUCUCUCUGGGCAGUCGGCCUUCCAAAGUUGUCUGUGCUGUGGUGAGCUGGUCCUUUUCUCCCUGUGUCUCCAUCGGAGGUUGAAAUUGCCAGGGCAGUCAGCGUUUUGGGCUGAAGGAUCCUUGUGUCCAUCGUUUCAAUCUGGGCUUAGAACAUUGAAAGAAUUUCACCACAAUGGCACGUGAACCUGGUAAAUUCACAGAUGACCAGGUUGAAGAGUUCAAGGAAAUCUUCAAUCUCUUUGAUAAGAUCGGAGACCACAAAAUCCCCAGCACGGAUGUUGGCAAUGUCUGCCGGUGCAUUGGCCACAACCCCACGCUGGCAGAGAUCAAAAAGCUCAUAGGCAAAGCUGAUGAAUAUGACCGCUUCACGUUUGAGGAAUUUCUUCCCAUGUUGGUCGACGUGGCAAAAAGCAAAGAAGUGGGGGUGUUUGAGGAUUACCUGGAGGGUCUCAAAGUGUUUGAUAAGGAAGCGAAUGGGUUGAUCUCAGCUGCAGAGUUACGCCAUGUUCUGACAGCUCUCGGUGAGAAGCUUACGGAUGAUGAAAUGGACAUCCUGUUGGCUGGUCAUGAGAAUGAGAAAGGAAUGAUUGAUUAUGAAAAAUGGAUCAAGAGCAUUAUGGUCACGCUUCAAGACUAGCUGCUAGUCCCCAUUCACUGCCUUACAUCUGUCUGUUGGAUUUUUAAUGUGUUUGAAAAGAUGUCUUCCAGAAAGUAAACCAAACCCUAAGAAUGAAACUGCCGACUAAAGUUGAUUUUGCUCAAGGGUCAAUCUUGUAAAUAAGACUCACUCAAGAAAUCGACAGCAUUUGAAGAACAAACAAGCCAAGUUUUAGUCCCUUUCUGUGCAGUGUUAACCAGCGAUUUAAGAUCUCACCCAAGGAUUCCAAAACACUGUGCUUAAAGUGUUUUCCUCCUCCAGCACAAUUCUAAUGCUUGAUCAUAUCCCAAUCCUCGUGUUUUAGUCCAUCUGCUAUUUCAAGCAGUGUUUGUGUCAACCACUCGGCUUCAGUUGAUGAAUCUGACAUUCAGGUUUAGAACUUACACCUCUUCAACGAUUUAAUAGUGUGCUAAGAUUUCAUGGAAUUUCUUUAAUAAAUCCUCCUUUCCCAAUCCAGCACUGAGUUACCUUCAACUGUGUUAUGUAAACAUGCCAUUGUAACCAAUUAAUUAGUUAUAGCUAUCUCCGGCCUAAGUUACAAGUUAAGACAUACAACAGGUUCGAUUUGUGACAAUCUAUGUUAAAUUCUCCUUUGCAAUCAAAAGCUGGAAGAAAUUAACAGUAAGAUUCUCACCAAAGGGUAUCAAAGAUGAUUUUCUAGCAUGGUGGGGUUGGGUAAUCUUUUGUACAGGAUAAUUUUAAUUGUCACCUUCUACACUCAAAACACUUUUUUUCAUGUGAAUACAGAAAUAUAUUUAAAAGUGUCAGGUUAGGUAAUUAUUUGAAAUAGUUAACAGGCUAGAUUGUGCAAUUGUAGUUGAUGUAGAAAAUGAUAUUUAUUUAUCUCUUGCUAUCAAACAGUUGGAUAGCCUGUGUGUUCCAAACUCUUUAUUUACAAAAUGAGUGAGAAGAAUUGACAUGUGACUUGCCUAGGUUGUGAUGAAAUGGUUCACUUUAAAUGCUAGCUAAUGUACUAUUUUGUACAGGAACGUAUUGUGCAGAAGUUCUCAGACUUGAUUACUCAAAAAAACUGGUAAAAAACUGUUGCAUUUCAUUAAAAACAAUCUGUUAUUUCAA